UCUUCCUGCCAAAGAUUUCUACUGCGGUUAAUGCUUAGGCAAUUACCAGCCGGUUUUGGUUGGCUAUGUGCUUGUUCUCAUCCGUCCUCUGUGGGCUCCUUGGGUCAAGACAUCGGUUGACAGUGUCUGUGGAUUUAUGUGUGUGUGUGUGUGUGUGUGAGAGAGAGAGAGAGAGAGAGAGAGAGCGAGGCAGACUGCUGCUCUUUCCCUCACUUUUUGAAGAGAAAGGCUCUCGGUCUUUCCUGACCCCUCACGUGUAACCUUUCCCUUCCCUCCGUUUCAACAACGCUGAGGGAUCUGAAACAAAAGUUGGGCCUUGGUGUUAAAUAGCUUGUUGUGUUUUGUGACCUUUGAGAACUCUCUUUGAGCUACCCAGCUAGCUCUUGGGAGCCGGAAGUGUUGGUUAAAUAGCCUGAAUACUUGCGCAAGCGGAGUGGAAGCCUGAGGUGAAAAAUUAGGGUAGAAAGCACUAACAAACACACACAAACACCAACGUCAGAAAGGAAGCGAGGAGCACCAUGACACUGGAAGCGUUAGCUUCUGCUGAGCUUUCCAGCUUCCUCACCUAUGACACCAUCACGGCCUCCCCACUCCUUCACCACGCUGAACCCUCCUCGAGCUCAAGCUUCCUCUUCCGCAGUGCCGGCGGCGAAGACGCAGUGGGCUCCCUUGGCAUCGGUCCUUCCCGUUCUGGAUUGGUGGGUGGCAUCCCCGCGGCCAAGGAGGAACCGAGGCCUGAGGCGGCAGCAGUAGGACAGGGAAAGAGGAAGCGGCGAAGGACGAGGACAUGCAAGAACAAGGAGGAAGCAGAGAACCAAAGGAUGACCCACAUUGCCGUCGAGCGCAACCGCCGCCGCCAGAUGAACGAGCACCUCGCAGUGCUGCGCUCGCUCAUGCCGGAGUCCUACAUCCAAAGGGGCGACCAAGCCUCCGUUGUUGGAGGAGCUAUCGACUUUGUCAAGGAGCUAGAGCAGCUUCUCCAGUCGCUGGAAGCACAAAAGAGAACACUGCAGCAACAGGCGGGGAAACCGGAGAGGAGUUCAUACAUCGGGGAAGCUGGAAGCAGCAGCAGCAGCAGCAGCGGUAGCAACAGCGACGUGGUCGAUUCCCCUCCCUUUGCCCAGUUCUUCUCCUUCCCGCAAUACAGUUGGUGCCACACCACCCAGGGCCAGGACCACCCUCCCUCGGAGAACCAGCUGCCGGCGUUGGCCGACAUCGAGGUGACACUGAUCGAGACUCACGCCAACGUCCGAAUCCUAUCGCCGAAGAGGCCCGGCCAGCUGUUCAAGAUGGUGGCUGGGCUUCACAACCUUAGCCUCACAAUCCUUCACCUCAACGUCACUGCCCUCGACUCCAUGGUGCUCUACUCUCUCAGCGUCAAGGUGGAGGAGGGAUGCAGUCUGACUGCUGUUGAUGACAUUGCAGCUGCCAUCCACCAUUUGCUUUCUCUGAUUGAAGCUGAGGUGACUGCCCUAGCUCACUAGGGCAAAUCAAUAACGGGUCCUGGGCCACUCUUUGAGUUUUCCAAAUCCUCUACAAGAGCGGUAUUAGCUGUUAACCACUUCUGCAUGUAAAGCUAUAUGAUCUGAUGCCUUCCUUAACUGUUCUCACUCUCUCUCUCUCUCUCUCUCUCUCUCUCUCUCGUGCAUCAGUGGAUUUGGCCCAUAGGCUUCGAGCAAGCACUCAGACCAUAUGUAAAUCUCACUAAGCCAUAAAACCUUCAAUCCCAUGAGAAGGCAUGAUGCAA